CUUGUAAGCUAUUGUCAACAAGUCAACAGUCAACUUAUCGUGAUUAAUCGUGAAAUCAAGAAUGAAGAAAAAUGGAAGAACUUGAAGUUUGGGAUGAUCUAUCUAACAUUCCUGCUGAUCCUCCAACCAUGCGCAAACUUUGUGCAGAUUGCAGGAGACCAGCAGUUGUUUGUUGGUGUUCAGCAUUACCACCUGAAAAAUUGAAUCCUCGAAGCACUGUAAUACUAUUACAGCAUCCUGCUGAAGAAAAAAGAUGUUUAAGAACGGCUCCUAUGUUGCAACUAGGUUUAGCACCCAAUAAGUGCAUUAUAUUUAAAGGAAAAAAGUUCCCACAACCCAGGCAUAAAGAUUUGGAAAUUUUACUUACACAACCAAAUACACUUUUGCUAUAUCCUAGUAAAAGUGCAAUAGACAUAAGAGAUAUGGAGAAUGAUACUGAUAGUUACAAUUUAGUACUAAUAGAUGGCACAUGGCCUCAAGCUAAGGCAAUAUAUGCUUCCAGCCCAAUAUUGCAUAACAUUAGACAAGUUAAAUUGUUGACCAGCAACACUAGCAGUUAUAUCAUAAGGACACAACCAACAGAAGGAUGUCUGAGUACACUUGAGACUGCCGCAGAAGCUUUGUCACAAUUGGAAAGGGACCCAAAAUAUACUGAACUUUUAAUACAACCCUUACACACUCUGUGUAAGUAUCAAUUAGAAAAUGGAGCAGUAACUCAUCAAUCUAAGGAGUUCCUUAUUAAAACUAGAACAUAUCCCAAAUUGAUUGGGAAAAGAUUAUCAAAGUUACUUAGGUCUACACAAGAAGAAUUAUCCAAUCAAACAUGAUAUUUUGUAGUUGAUAAUAAAUAAUAUGUUACCAAG